AUGUCGGAUGAUGCAGCACCAUUAAACUUUGUUGAAAGACCUAAUCCCAUAGAUACAAGAGGAGGUUACUUAGACCAUGGUGAUCCAGAAUAUAAGUGUCAAUUUUGUGGUGCAUUUAUGUGGUACGAUGAGAGGCUUAACAAGAGGAGAAAUGCCAAUAAUCCAUCAUUUUCUCUUUGCUUUCUACAAGGAACAGUUCAACUUCCACUUUUCAAAGAAUCACCAGAGUUUAUUAAAAAAAUGCUUACAGGUACUGAUCGAUUGAGCAAACAUUUUCAGAACAAUCUAAGAGGCUAUGAUAUGGUUUUCGCCAUUACUUCUCUUGGUGGGAAAGUUGAUAAAACAGUGCAUCAAGGGAAGGGACCAAAUAUGUUUCAACUACAAGGAUCUAAUUACCAUCUUAUUGGUAGUAUGAAACCUAAAGAAAAAGAUUAUGCAAAAUUCUCACAACUAUACAACGUCGAUACUGAAAAUGAAGUUCCAAACAGACAAACUGUUAUGAGUAAAAGUAAAACGAGUACUACAGGUGGUGGUAAAAAGAAUUUGAAGAAGGAAAUAAUAGAACCGCUUAUUAAGAUGUUAGACGAAGUAAAUCUUUAUGUCAAGCAUUUCAGAGCUGCUAGUUAUAGGUUUGCAUCUAAUGCCGACGAAACUUUCCAUAUGAGGAUCAUUAGUGAUAGAGUUGGUCUUGAUGGUCGAAAUUAUACAAAUCCUACUGUACCGGAGAUAGCUGCCUUAAUUCCUGGGGAUUUUGUCAAGGAAAUGCCAGAACGAGAUAUCAUUAUUGAGGAAAAAACAACAGGAUCCCUACAGAGAAUUAGUGAAAUUCAUCCUUCCUAUUUGGCUCUACAGUAUCUGUUGAUUCACAUUUUUGGUGAAGAUGGAUUCAGACCUGGAAUUCAGAAAGGAUUCUUAGGGAAACCCAAGACCAAGAAGACAAAGUGUAUUAGUAUGAGGCAAUGGUUUGCAUUUCGGAUUCAAGAGAGAGAGGCUGAAUCAAAUACUCUUCUACUAUCUAGGAGGUUGUUCCAGCAGUAUGUUGUUGAUGCCUACACUGCCAUCGAAUCUAACCGCUUGAAAUAUAUCAAACUGAAUCAGUCUAAGAUAAGGUAUGAGAAUUACAGCUCUAUUAAGGAAGCAGCCGAAUCAUGGGACAUAAAUAUGGGUGAACAAGGCAAUCCUAUUUCAAUUCCAUCUUUAUUUACUGGUGGUCCAAGAUAUAUGGUUCAAAGUUAUUACGAUGCUAUGGCCAUAUGUAAACAUUAUGGCUUCCCUGACCUUUUUAUUACAUUUACAUGCAAUCCUAAGUGCCCUGAGAUAACAAGGUAUGUUAAAGAACAUGGUCUCAAUGCUAAUGAUAGGCCUGACAUUAUAUGCCGCAUUUUCAAGAUAAAGCUAGAGUCCUUAAUGUUCGACGUGACUGAGAAGAAACUACUAGGGAAAACAGUUGCAGCUAUGUAUACAAUGGAGUUUCAAAAAAGAGGUUUACCCCAUGCUCAUAUACUGUUGUUCAUGGAUCAGAAAAGUAAGUUGCCCACAUCUGAUGAAAUCAACAACAUCAUAUGUGUUGAGAUCCCAGAUAAAGAUAACAAACCAGAGCUAUAUGAAAUCAUUAAAGAUUCAAUGAUUCAUGGACUUUGUGGAGCCGCUAAUAAGAAUUCCCCAUGUAUGGUUGAUGGGAAGUGUUCAAAGAUGUAUCCUAAGUCGCAUUCAGAGCUAAAUAGAGUUGGUAAGGAUGGUUAUUCUAUAUACAGGAGGAGACGUUCAUCGAGUUUUAUUGAGAAAGGUGAUUUUAAUUGCGACAACAGAUGGGUAGUUCCUUACAAUGAGAAAUAUGUCUCGACCGCGGAAGCUAUUUGGAGGAUCUAUAAAUUUCCAAUACAGUUUAGAACAACUCCUGUCCAGAAACUGUCAUUCCAUAUUGAAGGCAAGAAACCAUGUUACUUCAGAAAAGAUGCCAAUAUAGAUGAAGUGUUGGAAAAAUCUAUUAACGAAGACUCGCAGUUGACAGCUUGGUUCUACCUGAAUCAGAUUAAUCCUACCGCUAAUCAGUAUCUUUAUUCAAAAAUACCAGCUCAUUAUACUUGGCAGGGUCAGAGAAAGCAAUGGCGAGAAAGGAAAAAAGGGUUCUCCCUAGGGAGGAUUAAUUAUGUGCCACGCCGUAUGGAACCAGAAUAUUUUAUGAGAAUCCUCCUUAAUAUUUUCCGAGGACCAAAAUCGUUUGACGAUAUUAAGACAUACAAAGGUGUUAUUUAUAACACAUAUAAAGAAGCAUGCUUUGCUCGUGGUAUCCUAGAUGAUGAUCAUAUCUUCAUUGAUAGUCUCCUAGAUGCAAAGAAAUGGUGUUUUGGACCUCAACUACGGAAUCUCUUUGCUAAUAUGAUAUUGUCAGAAUGUUUAUCUCGACCAGAUCAUGUGUGGGAACAAACUUGGGAACAUCUUUCUGAAGAUAUCAAAGUCAUGAAAAGGAAUGAAUACAACAAUCCAGAUCUAAACUUGACCGAUGCUGACAAGAGGAAUUAUACGUUGGUUGAGAUAGAGAAACUGAUGUUGAUGAAUGGUAGCUCGCUUUUAGGUAUUGAGAACUUGCCGAAGCCAUCAAGAGAAAGUAUUGACAAUUCAAAUCAUUUGAUUGUUGAAGAAAUGAAAUACAACCGUGAGGAGCAAAAAGAAAAACAUGACAAUUGGGAGGAGUUUUUUUUCGUUUACGGAUUUGGUGGUACAGGGAAAACGUUCAUGUGGAAGACUUUAUCGGCUGCAGUUAGAUAUUGUGGGAUGAUUGUGCUUAAUACGACAUCUAGCGGCAUUGCUUCACUUCUGCUUCCUGGAGGUAGGACUGCUCAUUCUAGGUUUGGCAUUCCUAUAACUCCAGAUGAUAAUACAUCAUGCACUAUGACACCAAACUCUGAUGUAGCCAAAUUAAUGGAAGAGGCUUCUCUAAUCAUAUGGGAUGAAGCUCCAAUGAUGAGUAAGUAUUGUUUUGAGAACUUGGAUCGGAGUUUAAAUGACUGUGUUGGGAAGUUUGGAACUAAGCCAUUUGGAGGGAAAGUGGUUGUUUUCGGUGGAGAUUUCAGACAGAUACUUCCAGUUAUACAUGGUGCAGGUAGGGCUGAAAUUGUUCUUUCGGCAUUGAAUGCAUCUUACCUUUGGGAACACUGCAAGGUACUAAAGCUAACGAAGAACAUGCGUCUUCUUAGCAACAAGCUUAGUGUUGAUCAAGCAAAAGAGAUUAUUGAGUUUUCAAAUUGGAUCCUAGAUGGGGGUGAUGGAAAAAUCUCGGAACCAAACGAUGGAGAGGCUCUAAUAGACAUUCUUGAAGAGUUUCUGAUUACAAAUGUUGAUGACCCCAUUGAAGCGAUCAGCAGAGAAAUAUAUGGGGAUGUUGAGUUGUUGCAGGAAAAGAAGGAUCCAACAUUUUUCCAAGAGCGAGCUAUUUUAGCACCCACUAACGAUGAUGUUAAUACAAUAAAUCAAAGCAUGCUUGACAAGUUACCAGGGGAAGAGAAAAUCUACUCUAGCAGUGAUAGUAUCGACCCCACUGAUUUAGAGUCAGCUGAGAACCUCAUUUUCACACCAGUUUUUUUAAACUCUAUUAAAAUUUCUGGUUUACCGAUGCAUAGUUUACGCCUAAAGAUUGGUGCUCAUGUUAUGUUGCUUAGGAAUCUAGACCCUAAAGGCGGUUUAUGUAAUGGAACGAGGCUUCAAGUAACUCAAAUGGCUGAUCAUGUGUUAGAAGCUAUGGUUAUCACAGGAGACAGAGCAAGAGAUUUGGUGUUGAUUCCUCAAAUCUUUAUCAAACCUUCUGACACCAAACUUCCAUUCAAGAUGCGUCGGACGCAGUUUCCAAUUGCUUUUGCCUUUGCUAUGACAAUUAAUAAGAGUCAGGGUCAAUCGCUUACUGAAGUUGGUCUUUACUUGCCUCGACCAGUAUUCUCACAUGGUCAACUGUAUAUUGCUUUAUCUAGAGUUACUUCUAAGAAAGGGUUGCAAAUAUUGAUUGUUGACAAGAAAGGGCAAAUUUAG